GGCUGGUUUGAACUCUCGCGAGAUGACAGGUGCCUGGUUGCCUGGCAACUGAAUGCUGCCGCAUCUUUUCACCUUCUCAAAGUGCGAGAAAUGGCGGAUAAUAACCGAAGUCGCUCUGCUGCGUCCAGCAAGGGGAAGAAAAAUCCAGUUUCGAUACCACCAGUACCUGCAACCCUAAAAAAGGCCCCAAAAGACAAUCUAUUGGCCAAGGAGGAAGAAUACAAACGAUUAAAUGCAGAAUUGGAGGCAAAAACAGCUGAGCUUGUCCGUGAGGCUGAAGAAGUCAUGCGAGAACAGCAAGCGCUAUUGUCACGGCCAACACUAACACAAGUUAAACUUUUUGAUGAAGAUGAGGAUGAAAACCUACAGCAUCUGCUUUCUCCUGAGGUUCCAACUUUAACCCUUGCUCAUGUCAAGAAAGCAAAUAAGACUGAUAUGAAAACCACAACUCAGAGCAAGCCUUUAUCAGGGAUGAAAGUGAAGAAAUCAACUCCCAGGCCAAUAUCACGUCCAACACAUUCACAGGCUGCUGCAGAUAAUGUCGCAGUUCCAAUGAACGUCUCCGAGUUCUCUCUUGCCAAGACUAUUAGUAAUAUUGAAUGCAAAAUGGAGGAAGGGCUUCUACCCGAGAAUACAGAGGACGAUGUAAUUCCAGGGAUAAGCAAUGACAUUGGAGCAGAAGCACAGAUAAGAUUUCUAAAAGCAAAGCUACGGGUGAUGCAAGAGGAGUUGGAUAACAUAACUCAUGAAUGCAAUAAGAAGGACGAUGAAAGCCGCAAUCUUACUUCUCGGGUGAAGGAGCUCGAUGAAGAACGUAUGCGAUUACAAAGGUCCUCGAACAUACAGCAGACUCAAGCAGAGAAGUAUAAAUCUUCAUACGAACAAGCAAAUAAGACUAUUGAUGGAUUACAAAACCAGCUGUCAGUGCUCGAAAAGGAAAUAGAAAAUCUUAAUAGAAUACAGAAGCAGUCUGUGACAAGUCACAGCGCCACAGAAGUACGCUUGAACCGGGCUCUUGAAGAAGUGGACAAAUACAAAACCGAGUUGAAUCUACUAAAACAAAAUAACAAGGAAAAUGUUAACCAGGAGCGGAUAAAAAUUGAAGAAUUAAAGCUUGAAAACAAGAAGUUGGAGAAACAGAAGGGUGAUUUAUUAGCUGCAUUUAAAAAACAGCUUAAAUUAAUAGACAUUUUAAAAAGACAAAAGAUGCACAUAGAAUCUGCAAAGAUGCUUUCAUUUACAGAAGAAGAAUUUAUGAAGGCUCUGGAGUGGGGAAAUUCUUAAGGUCAUCUUUCAUAAGUCUCGUGCUCUCACUAUUAUGACUUAAU